AUGGGCAAAUCGGAGCGACGUCGUGCGCCUAAGCGUGCCAAGCAUGUUGAGGAGGCCGAGGCUGAGCCGAUGAUGGAAGACGAUGAGGUCCCAUCCUGGGUGCAGCCGCAUGAUGCAAAUACGCCGUUUGGCUUGGUAGCACCUCCUUUGCAAUCAUAUUUUAAAGAAGUAAAUGGUCAAUUGACAGAACUCAUUCAAACCCAUGAUGCAAAUGCGCGGAGCGAAGAAAAAGAUAUGCUCUUACAGGCCGCACUAUCUGAAAUGGACGGGAAUGAGCUUGCUCUGGCGACGGACCCAACUUGCUCCCUGGUUCUCGAAAAUAUGGCCCCGCUUCUCAGCGAAAAGGCUCUUCGAGUCUUAUUGGACCGCAUGGCUGGCAACUUUACAACUUUGUCAUUUCAUCGAUAUGGCUCACAUGUGCUGCAGUCUUUGCUAGCUGCAACUCAAUUGGCUCUGCAUGCAAACACUGAAUCCAAAGCGACCACCUCCAAAGACGGUAUCCUACGCUCCCUUCCUGAGAUGGUCACAUCGAUGUUUGAAGAGAUGGAGUCUUCUUUUCUAUCUAUGGCCUCUGAUCCAUUUGCCAGUCAUAUUCUACAAAGUUUGGUGACAUUGUUGGCCGGUGUGCCUUUGGCGUCAUUGGACGAUUUGCGUUCGAAGCGCAGUGCCAAGUACCGAUCGAAGGAACGACAAAAGGCCAUGGUAGAUGAUUCAGCGUGGUCCUCGCUCUCAGAGCGAAUGAGUGUUCCGACCGACUUUCUGUCACUACUGUACCGGUUGUACCAACACAUGGCCUCGGAACUUACACCGGAAAAGAUCCAUGCCCUGAUGCCCGAGGCGACAUCGGCCCCUUCCUUAGGCCUACUCAUGCGUCUUGAAAACGGCUUUGCGGAUGCCAAGCGAGGAAGCAUGGCAUGGCGGAAAGACUCUAUUACUUCUCGUGUUCUUGAAUACUCAUCCAAGUCCGACCAUACGCGCAGCGAUUUCAUGGAAGCAUCUCUGCGUGAUACGGUUGCGACACAUGUACUAGAGACUGCGCUGCGCACAACCUCUGUCCCCAUUCUGCUCUGGUUCUGGAAGACGUAUAUUCAAGGGCGUGUCGUCAAGUUGGGUGCGCAUCCAUGUGCCAAUUUUGUCGUGGCGACAAUGCUGAGGAUGUUGCCAGCUGAUCAUGGCACGGAUCCUUCGCCCUUUGAGCAGGCACUUCAAGAACUUUCACAGGCUGGUGAUCAACUCGUCAAAGGACAGAUGCUCGGUGCCUUGCAAGCGGCCUUGGAGCGCUCCAUUCAGUUGCAGGACUAUGCCAAAGAAGUCAUGCAUGCCAUCACUUCUGCUUUCCGUUUCCCAGCAGAAUCAGAGGAAGAAACACGUAAAAAGUUUGUGCCUGUGGUGCUAAGCAUGCACACGCUCAAAGCGUAUACCAACACACAAAAGGCCGAGCCCACGAAACAGUCUAAGCGAAAACGAGGGGAGGCUGACCAGUUUACCACGCAAGGCAGUAUCUUGUUGCAGCGAAUUGCUAUGCUUCCUUCUCCAGAAAAUGAAUGGCUCUAUGAGAGUCUGGCCCAUGGCGACUUGGCUACUUGGUGUACAUCAUCGACAGCUGUGCAUGUGGUGAUUGCGGCUCUGGCUUCACGAACAGCUUCGUUUGCGCAGCGUCGAUCUCUUCUUCGUAUUCUUCUUCCUAUGCUCGUGGAUUUGUGCGACGAUGUAUGGGGAAGUCGUGUCGCGGAUGCCGUAUGGCUCUCUGCAGAUGGGUUUACUAAGAACAAAAUCGCACAGCAAACCAUUCAGAACGAAAAAAGAUUGUUAGCUUCGGCUUACGGUCGUUUCUUUGUUCGGCGCCUGCGUCUGGGUGUCUACCGCAAGAGCCCCGACGAAUGGAAAGAGUGGGCACAGACCGAGAACAGCUUGCCGCUGCCAGAGUGGAAGGAUGCGGGCGCGAACCCGUUCCUAUUUUUGCGCGACAUCAAAGUCAUGAGCAAGAGCAGGACGGAAGACAAGGCGGAUACAGAGUUGGCACAAAUUUUCAGUGCUAUCGAAUAG